CAGUCCAUUUUUGUUAUUUUAUAAUUUAUAACGUAAGUAUGACAUGGCAGCAUCUCAGUGUUCACUGUAAUCACUCGCACAAAACAAAAACCGUAGAGAAACACUACACAAAACCCUUUCCGCAAAACCCUAAACCCUUUCUGCAAAACCCUAAACUCAACACCAGCAACAAAAAAAAGAACAAAGGAAAACAAAAAAAAAAAAAAUUAAGAAAAUGGCUUUGGCUUCAAUUAUUCGCAAAUCAACAUGCAAAUUAGCUCCGCUUGCUAAUCGAAUCAUUCGAGCGAGUCAAAGAAAUUACAUUCGUGCCAUCACAAAACCAACUAUUGUUCCAUUUAUACAACAAAACUAUGCAACUGCUACUGAUUCUAAUAAACCCAGUGCUUCUGAGUCGCUUCUCCGAGUCAUCGACUCGGAAAUCAAGAUUGCCCAGGAAACCGACGAUCUUGACCGGGUUGAGGCGAUUCCACAAGGCUUUCCUUUCAAGAUUGUUGAUAAUCCAGGGCAACAAACUAUUAUUCUGACAAGAGAAUAUGAUGGUGAACUUGUGAAGGUUGAAGUUCACAUGCCUGAUCUUGUAACUGGGGAAGAUAAUGAGGUUGAUGAUGGCACGGAUGAUGUUGAGAAACCAACACAAUCUAGUAUCCCAUUGUUUGUUACUGUCUCGAAAAAUAAUGGAACUUCCCUAGAAUUCCAUUGCGUUGCUUAUCCUGAUGAAAUUGCAAUUGAGAGCUUGUCAGUUAAAAAUCCAGAACUUUUCGAAGAUCAAAUUGCAUACGAGGGACCUAAUUAUCAUGAUUUGGAUGAAAAUUUGAAGAAUGCUUUUCACAAGUACUUGUUGAAUAGAGGAAUAAAGCCCAGCACAACCAAUUUCCUCCACGAGUACAUGAUCAACAAAGACAGUCGAGAAUUCAUAGGGUGGUUGAAGGACCUCAAGAAGUUUAUUGAAGCAUAAUCCUUAUGAGGCAAGAGUUAUGUGAUCAUAAUUUGAGAAUUCUUGUUGUGGUAGAAGACAUUGAAGAAAUUCACUGAAGGAAAAUGAUGUCAACUUAGUGCCUUGCUCACCCUGUCAAUCUGCUUUGUAGAAUUUCAAUUGUUAAUAUCUAAUUAGAAUGGCUAUAAUAUCUCUGCGAAGUGGAAAUCUAUGUCCUGGAAAUCCUUUCAACUUCUAGUUUUAGUGUUCAAUAACAUGUCACAGUCGGAAAGUUUAUGUUCCAUUGAUUGGUAUGGUAAUUUCCUUCAGUUUAUUACUUCCUAAAACUUCUCCUGUUCUUAAUGGCAUCAAUCUGUCGAUGCAUUGCAGUCUGUAACUUUUUUGAAAGAAGAUGCAGACUUGAUCAACUUUUGUGAUGAUCAUGCUUUAAUAAUAAAUAAAGCAUAUUUCUGAA